ACGUUCUACUGGCCUCUGCACCGCGGCCCCUCCUUCUCUUCCCCAUCUCCAGAACGUUGCUGUGGUAGCGCCUCGGCGCCAUGUUAGGAGGCCGGAGGGGAAGAGGAAGAAUUAGAAGCGGCGGCAGCAACAACAGCAGCAACUAGCAGGCCUAGUGAGAGGUUCUUCACCCUCUCUGAGAGGGCCCCAGCCAGGCCCAUAUCAUGCUCACGGGGCCCGUUUUUCAGGGGCGGAAAGAGUGACUGUUCCGGAGAAGAAGAGACGGCGUUUAACCAUAGCCGGAGAGACGAUGCCGUUUCCAGUUACAACCCAGGGAUCACAACAAACACAACAGCCGCAGAAACAUUAUGGCAUUACCUCACCAAUCAGUUUAGCUUCCCCUAAGGAGAAUGACUGUAUACUUACCCAGAAGCUAAUUGAAACCCUAAAACCCUUUGGUGUCUUUGAAGAGGAGGAAGAACUGCAACGCAGAAUUCUAAUUUUGGGAAAGUUAAAUAACUUAGUAAAGGAAUGGAUACGAGAAAUCAGUGAAAUUAAGAAUCUUCCACAAUCUGUAAUAGAAAACGUUGGUGGGAAAAUUUUUACAUUUGGCUCAUAUCGAUUAGGCGUGCACACAAAAGGUGCAGAUAUUGAUGCAUUAUGUGUGGCGCCGAGGCAUGUUGACAGGAGUGAUUUUUUCACCUCAUUUUAUGAAAAACUGAAAUUACAGGAAGAGGUCAAAGACUUACGGGCUGUUGAAGAAGCAUUUGUUCCUGUUAUUAAAUUGUGUUUUGAUGGAAUAGAGAUUGAUAUCUUGUUUGCCAGGUUAGCACUGCAAACUAUUCCUGAAGACCUAGACCUUCGAGAUGAUAGUCUACUUAAAAAUUUAGACAUUAGAUGCAUACGAAGUCUUAAUGGUUGCAGAGUAACUGAUGAAAUUCUCCAUCUAGUACCAAACAUUGACAAUUUCAGGUUAACACUGAGAGCUAUCAAACUCUGGGCCAAACGGCACAACAUCUAUUCCAAUAUACUAGGUUUCCUUGGUGGAGUUUCCUGGGCUAUGCUUGUAGCAAGAACUUGCCAGCUUUAUCCAAAUGCAAUAGCAUCAACUCUUGUACAUAAAUUUUUCUUGGUAUUUUCUAAAUGGGAAUGGCCAAAUCCAGUGCUAUUGAAACAGCCAGAAGAAUGCAAUCUUAAUUUGCCUGUAUGGGACCCAAGGGUAAAUCCCAGUGAUAGGUACCAUCUUAUGCCUAUAAUUACACCAGCAUAUCCCCAGCAGAACUCUACGUACAAUGUGUCUGUUUCUACACGUAUGGUCAUGGUUGAAGAAUUUAAGCAAGGUCUUGCUAUCACAGAUGAAAUUUUGCUGAGUAAGGCAGAGUGGUCCAAACUUUUUGAAGCGCCAAACUUCUUUCAAAAAUACAAGCAUUAUAUUGUACUUCUAGCAAGUGCACCAACAGAAAAACAACGAUUAGAAUGGGUUGGCUUAGUAGAAUCAAAAAUCCGUAUCUUGGUUGGAAGCUUGGAGAAGAAUGAAUUCAUUACACUGGCUCAUGUAAAUCCUCAGUCAUUCCCAGCACCCAAAGAAAAUCCUGACAAGGAAGAGUUUCGUACAAUGUGGGUGAUUGGAUUAGUGUUUAAGAAAACUGAGAAUUCUGAAAAUCUGAGUGUUGAUCUUACAUUUGACAUUCAGUCUUUUACUGAUACUGUUUAUAGGCAAGCAAUAAACAGCAAGAUGUUUGAAAUGGAUAUGAAAAUUGCUGCAAUGCAUGUUAGGAAAAAACAACUUCAUCAAUUACUACCUAGUCAUGUCCUUCAGAAAAAGAAAAAGCAUUCAACAGAAGGAGUCAGGUUGACGGCGCUGAAUGACAGCAGCCUAGACUUAUCUAUGGAUAGUGAUAACAGCACUUCUGUGCCUUCUCCUACCAGUGCUAUGAAGACAAGUCCUUUGAACAGUUCUGGAAGCUCUCAGGGCAGAAGCAGUCCUGCUCCAGCUGUGACAGCAGCAUCUGUGACCAACAUACAAGCUUCUGAAGUCACUGUGCCACAAAUAAAUUCCAGUGAAAGCUCAGGGGGUACUUCAAGUGAAAGCAUUCCUCAAACUGCCACACAGCCAGCCAUCUCUCCACCACCAAAGCCUACCAUCUCUAGAGUAGUUUCUUCAACCCGUGUUGUCAACCAACCACAGAGACCUUCAGGAAACACUGCAACUAAAGUAACUAGCCCUGUAGCAGGUGUGAAGAGGACAUCAUCUCCCCAUAAAGAAGAAUCUCCUAAAAAAAUAAAGACUGAUGAGGACGAAAUAAAUGAAGAUGUUAGUUGCAUUGAUAUGAGUGAUCAUGAUAAGAUGGAAACUAAGGAACUUUUUGAUACAGAAUCAGAUAUGGCCUCUCAGCAGGAAACUCUUCAGACCACAGUAUCUCUACAAGCUCCUCAGAAAAUGCCCAGUACCGAUCUUUCAGAUAUCCCUGCUCUCCCUGCAAAUCCUAUUCCAGUUAUCAAAAAUUCAAUAAAACUAAGAUUGAAUCGGUAAAACCAACCUCAGGGGUCCAUAAACAGUAUCUGCCAAUUUAACCUGUUGUCUUCUAAUACUGGAAAGGAGAACAGAAGGUGCAAGACGAGAAUGUGAACACAGAUGGAUUUAGGUAUAUUUUGUGCACUUCCCUUGCUGGGCUAUAAUCACUUGAUCUGGAAGUCCAGGUUCGUAUUUGUGGAGCCAGGAGUACUAUUAAUGUGUUAGCAACAGUUACAUUAAAUUCUUUAAAGGAUUACUGCCUAAAAAAAGGAAUGGGAUACUAUUUCUAGCCAUAUUUGAUGUACUGAUUGGGUUUGUGUUGAUGCAUUGUUUGGAAGAAAAGAAAUUCAGCUAAAACUGGCAAAAGAAUUCCUUAAAUGCACUUUUAUGUACUUUUUUAUUGGAAUAUGACUAAUUUUAGUGCUUCAGCUUGAUAGAUUUUAUUUUUAUUAAAAAAAAUUCUUCAAAAUCUUUGACCUUCAAAUUAGAAAAUGGCUUGAUAUAUUGUAUACUGAAGGUAAAAGUAUGCACUGUAUCUAGCUCAGUCACCAUUAGGAUGCAGCAAACCCUUAUAAGAAAAUGUCAAAUCUUGAGGUUCUAAGUUUGGUAAAAUUCAUUUAAAAUAUUUGAUGGGACAUGAUUAAGAAAUUGUCUAUUUUUUAUUUUUGGGGUUAUUUUAUGGUGCAUACAAAUCAGCUAUCAAAAAGCAAAUAAUUGUUUCCUUCAGUUUAAUCAAGCCUUCUCCUUAUUACCUUCCCAUUCCUAUUACCAUAUUUUUUGGAGAGGAAAAAGAAAUGUUUGCAUUUAAUUCAUGUUUCGUUUGUAUGCACAAAAUUGGACUAUUGUUGUCAGUGAAAGGCUGGUAGUUUUUCUUUUAAGCUCUGUAGCCCUUAGGUACAGAUGCUAUUUCCCCCCAGAAAUGAAAUACAGUAAAUAAAGUGUGCCUGUGAAGCAUAGUCCUGUUUUGAUGGCUUUUUCAUCAUUAAGUAUAAGAGUUUUGUAUACUCCAGAGGAGUCCUGUCUGCAUUACAAAGAUUUCAUAUUUUAAGGCAGAUCUUACCUACUCUAGGGUUUUAACAGUUUUAUUUUUAGAUAGCUCAUCUGAAAAUAGCUUUACAUUCUGAAUGUUUCAUUUUUUUAGAAUCACAUUUCUAGCAGGCACUUAAAUUAUCUGAUAAAGCUCUCCUUAACCAGUUGUUUUUGCUUUGUUCUGUAGAGCUAUAAAAUUAUUAGCAAGUUUGUUUAAAAAUGGAAAUCUCUCAUGACUAAACAGAAAGUGUGGAAUGCCAGUGAUUAUCAGAUGGAGAUAACAAACUACACGUAACCUUGAUUUCAGCAAAAUUAAGUGGGAUGGUUAAACUGCCCUUCCCAUUUUUUCUGAUCAGCAUGUUUAAUAACUUCCUUCCCUGCAUUGUGCUCAAUCCUUCUACAUGUGCAUUUCCAUAUUAAAGAAAAAAUUAAUUGCUCUUUCCCUUUUCCCUAUAAGUUAAUUUUCCAAAGUCAAGAGAAUGUAGCUUACUCACCCUACCUAUCUCCUCAGCUACGCAGUAACCAAGAUCUUUAUUUUCUGCCAUUUUGUCUAUGAAGUCUAGUAUAAAAAAUUCUUACCCCUGCCCUCUUCUGCCUCCAGUGAUGCAGCUUCCACCCCCUUAAAUUUUCCCACACCCUCCUUUGCUCCUUCUCUUUCCCCUGCUGCCCAAACAAGAAGGGUAUCAGUUGAAGUGUACAAGCUAUCUGUGCAUUUUGUGUAGCUAUGGAGUUUAGAUCGAACUUGCCAGGCACAAAUUUAGUCUUGUUUACACAUCAGGACAUCCCCCGCCCCCUUCAUUUUAUUAAACGUUUCAUGUAUCUGCACCCAAGUUUUGCCAAGCUGGGAACUUGGAAUCUUUCCUGUAUAGUGACUUUUUAAUUCUAGUUUUCAUAACCUGGAGAUCAGACUGUUGCUUUCGCAUGAUGUACGUAGGUGUCUCAUGACUGGAGUUGCUUUGUUUUAUAGUAUCUGUACUCCUUGUAUUUUUCAAGAGCUAUUUUGUAAACAGAUGAUGUAUUUCUCCAUGGAAAACAAUAAAAAAAACAGCACAAUCCCA